GCGCCCCUCCCCCACGCCGCCCGCGCCCCACUCGGUGCCUAGCUCAGCGCGGAGGAGCGGGCCGGGCCGGUCCGGACUCGGUGGAGCCCAGCCGGGGGCGAUGCGGCUGCUGCCCCUGCUGCCGACCGUCCUCUGGGCCGCGCUGCUCGGCUGCCCGCUGCCGGGAGCUUCAGGCCUCCGCCACCCCCUCUACUGGAACUCCAGUAACCCCAGGCUGCUCCGGGGUGAUGCGGUGGUGGAGCUGGACCUCAACGAUUACCUAGACAUCUUCUGCCCACACUACGAAGGCCCAGGGCCACCUGAAGGCCCUGAGAGAUUCUCCUUGUACAUGGUGGACUGGUACGGCUACGAGGCCUGCCGGGCAGAGGGGCCCCGGGCAUUCAAGCGCUGGGAUUGUGCCCGGCCCUUCGCUCCCUUAGGUCCAGUUCGCUUCUCAGAGAAGAUCCAGCGCUUCACACCCUUCUCCCUGGGCUUCGAGUUCCUGCCUGGAGAAACGUACUACUACAUCUCUGUGCCCAGUCCAGAGAGUCCUGGCCAGUGCCUGAGACUGCAGGUGUCUGUGUGCUGCAAGGAGAGCAAAUCAGAGUCUGCCCACCCAGUUGGGAGCCCUGGAGAGAGUGGCACAUCAGGGUGGCAAGGAGGGAGCGCACCCAGUCCCCUCUGCCUCUUGCUGCUGCUGCUGCUCCCAAUUCUGCGUCUCCUAAGAGCCUUCUGAGCUGACUGACCCUUCCUGCCACCUGAGCUGCGAAUGCCAAGCUGGAUAGGAUGGUGGACGAGUGACAGUGCUGUUACCUGGUUGACAGCCAGAGUGGAGUGCAACAGUCCUGGACACACUAGAGCCCUGCCCAGGCCAGCAAAGGGUCCCUGCCAGCUGCUUGGAUGUGAGACUCUGGUGUGGUGGAUCCACGGCCCAGAGCCUGCUGGGAGCCAAGGCCCCAGACCUAAGGAUGGGUGGAUUGCCCAGGCCAGGCAGUGAGUACACCCCGGCCUGCCAUCUGUGGUGCCCUGUGCUUACUGGGCCUCUCCUGGGGUGGCCAGCACCUUCCUCCCCAGGGGUCACUCACUUGUCUUCUGUGAAGACGGACAAUUCCAUGAGGUUGAAUAUCAUGUCAAUUUGUAUUUUUAUAAGUAUCUGGACCAAUCUCUCAAUAAAUCACCUCUCUUUGUUGCUCC